CAUAGCCACCUUGUUUCUGCUAGUUAGUGAUCGAGAUGAAGUCCUCCGUCCUGCUCAUGCUCUUGGUCGCUGUCCUCGUGCUGCUCGCCGGAGCUCCGGCCGCAGUGGAGUCCGCGACAUGUGACGUGUCGCAGUUGUCUUCCUGUGCCAGCGCGAUCUUGAUCUCGACGCCGCCCACCAGCGAGUGCUGCUCCGCGCUCAAGUCGCAGAGUUCUUGCUUCUGCCAGCUCAUGCAGAACCCCAGCUUUGCAGGAUUCAUCAGCCGAGGGCGCGAGGUGGCCGCUACCUGCGGCGUCUCCAUUCCCGCCUGCAAUUAAUUAGUACCGCAAGAGUCGUCAUUUAAUUUAUAGCUAGUUACUGAACACAAAUAAUAAUGAAUAAGAAUGGCACUGCGCUGGUCAUCAACGCGUGGCUGGCUAAUC